GUAUCGGCCCACGUUGUUUUGUUGCGUGGGAGUGAAGGAAGCUUCCUUUUAUUUCCUUUUUUGUUUAGGUCUCUACUCUCUACGCUCUAUAUAAUAUCUGAGAACUCUUCUCUCUUUCCAUAAUUCGAUAUCCAAAUUUGAGAGAGUGAAACCCUAAGUAGAUUACGAAUGGAAGCUCACGGUUUGUUCAACUCCUCCUGGAUGAAUACUCUUUCUUCCAGCGGAAGAGACGCUUAUACUUGCAACAAAGCUCUUCCCUUGAAUCUGAAGAAACCUAAUGUUGUUAAAGCAAGUUCGGAGUUGAAGAAGAACGAACAUCAGAGAUCUCAUGAUUUUGCGGCAGAGACUAAGAAAAAGACUGAGUUUUUGGUGCCGAAGAAGAACACAGAUGAAAGAUCUAAGACUCGUGAAGAAACUGGAGAGAAGAAGCAAUCGGCUCUACCUAUGAAACUUUCUAAAAACCCUAGAUUUGGGGUUCAUGGAACGGGAGAGAUUAAGCAAAAUUUGAAGAAACCUGGCCUUUCUAAGUCUGUUCCAGCAACAUCAAGGCUACUCAAGUUGAAGAAGCAUCAACAGGCGAAAGUAUCUGAAGACCCUAAAUAUUGUCAUGUCUUGAAGAAGAACGACACGGAGACUCUAGAACUGUUCGAAAUAGCCAAGAAAUCAGCUGAUGUGGCUAACACAAAGGGUCUUCUCGCGGCUGAAGUAGAGACAUCAAUCUGCGUAGACACACUCUCUUUACUCAUGGAGUUCCCCAUAAGCGCAACUGCUAUUGAAACAAGACGGAUCAUGGUGAGGCUUGAGAAUCUUACAAAACACAAGAACCGAAAAAUCUGCAAUUCUGCAGCAGCACUUCUUCAAUGUUGGAGGCAUAGCAUCAGAGAUCAAGAACUGAGAGAGUCCCGUAAAACGCAAGGCUAAUGUCACAAGAGAAUCUUCAAAAAACAAGGGAAUGAAAUUAGUAGGCUUGUGACUUGACAAAGUUGGUUGCUUAUUUUUUUUGAUAAAUUAGCAUUGUAGUCACCACUUCAAUUACAUUACCCAAAGCUAACAGUGAGAGGAAUAUGUAUUAAGGAUUUUCACAAUCUCUCUUUGUGUUAUUAUUCAAGUUAAGUGUGUAUAUCUUCUGUUUAUGCAAUCAAUGAAAUUGGAGUUUGUCCUCUAAAUUUGUUUUCAGUUGUAGAUUGUAACUAAGUGACAAUGAGUCAAUACUUGAGAAAGUUUCUCAUGUGUAUAAUUGUUAUCCGACAUAAGCUGUGGGAUUCUCUGCCUUU